UCGGCACAAGCGUCUCUACCGCGGCCGAGGGGCCAUCGCUGAGAGCUCGGAUACAAGGUGGCCUGGUACACCGGUCCUUUCCCCCUCUCUCAGCCUGGCCCCAGGGAGUUUUCUAGUGAUGAGCGAAGGUGCUGGCGCCACUUCGGCGUAUGCCCAUCACCGGGACUGAGCGACAGAGGCAGCCAUGGGUGACACUUCCAGCACUUUCCCCGUGAGAAAUGGCCAAGAAUUUGUGUAGGGGAAUUUCAAACACAACAACACGUCAGAUUAUUUAAGGAGUGGCCAUUUAUUUCCUUUGUAACACACAUCUGUUGUUGAUCCUUGAAAUUUUCCCAGCUGAAAAUGUGCUUUGUGUCUGAAAUGAAGUUAUCUGUUGUAACUCAGGGAAAUCCACUGGAACCAGGGUGUUGAGAACACAUCAGCAAUUGUGCACUGGAGAUCAGUUCUUUACACACACUGAUUGAGCAAGGGACUCGCUACAUCUGACUCGAUGAAUCGCCAGAGAACUGACAGCUGGCUGAUAUCAUUCAUCUUCUCGCAGUGUGGGAAGGGAUUCACUCAGUCAGCUGCACCACGCUGGGGGGAAGCCAUUCACCUGCUCUGUGUGUGAGUUGGGAUCGAUUCAGUCACCCAGCCUGGAGGUAUAUCAGCAAGUUCACACCAUAGUGCGAUGGUUUGCCUGUUCUGACUGCGGGAAGUGAUUCAUUUUGCCAUCCAAGCUAAAGAUGCAUCAGAAAAUUCACACAGGGGAGAGGCCGUUCAGCUGCUCCGUGUGUAGGAAGAGGUUCACUCGGUCAUCUGAACUGCAGACACACCAGCGAGUUCACACCGGGGAGAGGCCAUUCAUCUGCUCAGACUGUGGGAAGGGAUUCACUCAGUCAUCUCACCUACAAACACACCAGUCAGUUCACAAUGGGGAGAGGCCGUUCACCUGCUCAGACUGUGGGAAGGGAUUCACUCGGUCAUCUCAACUGAAAGUACAUCAGCGAGUUCACACAGGGGAGAGGCCGUUCACCUGCUCAGACUGUGGGAAGGGAUUCACUCAGUCAUCUCACCUACAAACACACCAGUCAGUUCACAAUGGGGAGAGGCCGUUCACCUGCUCAGACUGUGGGAAGGGAUUCACUCGGUCAUCUCAACUGAAAGUACAUCAGCGAGUUCACACAGGGGAGAGGCCGUUCACCUGCUCAGACUGUGGGAAGGGAUUCACUCAGUCAUCCAACCUACUGAGACACCAGUCAGUUCACACUGGGAACAAGCCAUUCAUCUGCUCAGACUGUGGGAAGGGAUUCACUCAGUCAUCCCGCCUACUGGCCCACCAGUCUGUUCACACUGGGGAGAGGCCGUUCAUCUGCUCAGUUUGUGGGAAGGGAUUCACUCAGUCAUCUCAACUGAAGGAGCAUCAGCGAGUUCACACUGGGGAGAGGCCGUUCACCUGCUCAGACUGUGGGAAGGGGUUCAGUCGGUCAUCCGACCUACUGGCACACCAGUCAUUUCACUCUGGGGAGAGGCCAUUCCCCUGUUCAGAUUGUGGGAAGCGAUUUCCUCGGUCAUCUCAACUGAAGCUACACCAGCGAGUUCACACUGGGGAGAGGCCGUUCACCUGCUCGGUCUGUGGGAAGGGAUUCACUCGGUCAUCUCAACUGAAGCUACACCAGCGAGUUCACACUGGGGAGAGGCCGUUCACCUGUUCAGAUUGUGGGAAGGGGUUCACUCAGUCAUCUCACCUACUGACACACCAGUCCAUUCACACUGGGGAGAGGCCGUUCACCUGUUCAGAUUGUGGGAAGGGGUUCACUCAGUCAUCUCACCUACUGACACACCAGUCCAUUCACACUGGGGAGAGGCCGUUCACCUGUUCAGAUUGUGGGAAGGGGUUCACUCAGUCAUCUCACCUACUGACACACCAGUCCAUUCACACUGGGGAGAGGCCGUUCACCUGUUCAGAUUGUGGGAAGGGGUUCACUCAGUCAUCUCACCUACUGGCCCACCAGUCCGUUCACACUGGGGAGAGGCCGUUCACCUGCUCAGACUGUGGGAAGGGGUUCACUCAGUCAUCUCAUCUGAAGCUACACCAGCGAGUUCACACUGGGGAGAGGCCGUUCACCUGCUCGGUCUGUGGGAAGGGAUUCACUCGGUCAUCUCAACUGAAGCUACACCAGCGAGUUCACACUGGGGAGAGGCCGUUCACCUGCUCGGUCUGUGGGAAGGGGUUCAGUCGGUCAUCUCACCUACUGACACACCAGUCCAUUCACACUGGGGAGAGGCCGUUCACCUGUUCAGAUUGUGGGAAGGGGUUCACUCAGUCAUCUCACCUACUGGCCCACCAGUCCGUUCACACUGGGGAGAGGCCGUUCACCUGCUCAGACUGUGGGAAGGGGUUCACUCAGUCAUCUCAUCUGAAGCUACACCAGCGAGUUCACACUGGGGAGAGGCCGUUCACCUGCUCGGUCUGUGGGAAGGGAUUCACUCGGUCAUCUCAACUGAAGCUACACCAGCGAGUUCACACUGGGGAGAGGCCGUUCACCUGCUCGGUCUGUGGGAAGGGGUUCAGUCGGUCAUCUCACCUACUGACACACCAGUCCGUUCACACUGGGGAGAGGCCGUUCACCUGCUCAGAUUGUGGGAAGGGGUUCAGUCGGUUAUCCCACCUUGUGACGCACUACCGAGUUCACACUGGAUAAAAAGUUGAAAUAAGCUGCAUGUUGGACUUUUAACCAUCUGGUUGCUGAAUCCAGAGGCAAGUUCAUGAGUGACUGUUGGUGUCGAACUCUGUAAUUAUUGCUGCUGCUCAUCACACCCAGUUCUGGGCACGGGAGGGAGGGAUGGUUUCUUCCACUGAUGUUUAUCUUUAAUGGG